AUUAUAUUCCGUAACUAAACUAAACUAAACUUAGACAUAUGUUCAUACUCAUGGCUCCCUCAAUAUUUCAACAUCAUCUUCUUCUUCUUGUUGUUCUUCUUACAAUCAUAAUAAUAAUAUCAUUUGCCUCUUCAACCCUUGGUUUAACCAGAGGCUCAUCAUUAUCUGUUGAAAACAAAGAUGACCUCGAAGUUUCACCAAACGGCCGUUUCACAGCCGGGUUUCAUCAAGCUGGAAAAAAUGCUUAUGUGUUUGCAGUGUGGUUCACCACAGCUCGCACUGUGGUCUGGAUGGCUAACCGAGACGCACCCGUAAACGGGAAGAAAUCAAAGCUGUCCCUAUGGAAAGAUGGCAAUCUUGUUCUCACUGAUGCCGGUCAGCGUAUCAUCUGGUCAACGCAUACCGAGUCAAAGUCAUCCUCUGUGGAACUAAAACUGAAACUGCUCAACACAGGUAACCUUGUACUUCAAGAUCAAAACCAGAUUGUGUGGCAAAGUUUCGAUAAUCCAAGUGACACCCUUCUUCCAAACCAACCCUUCACUAGAAAAACACAACUUGUUUCUUCUAGAAGCUCAACUAACUACUCGUCGGGUUACUACACGUUGCUUUUCGACAAUGAUAGUAUUCUACGACUCGUGUACAACAGUCCCGACACGACUUCACUUUACUGGCCCGAUCCCAGGUUAAGACCAUAUAAUGCUGGAAGAUUCGAAUACAUAGACGAUAGAACAGCAGUAUUCGACUCUUACGGACACUUCAACUCAACAGACGGGUUCAGCUUCGAUUCGGCUGAUUUUGGAUUGGGCCCGCAACGAAUGAUGCGGCUUGACACCGAUGGUAAUCUAAGACUUUAUAGUUUAAGUAGAGGAAUGAAAUGGGAAGUUCAAUGGCAGGCGAUUUCGCAUAUUUGUAGGAUUGAUGGUACGUGUGGACCGAAUAGUCUGUGUACUUAUUCGCGUGAUUCGGGAAAAAGAUGCAGUUGUUUACAUGGGUUCAAGAUGGUGAAUGUUCAAGAUUGGAGUCGCGGGUGUGAGCCUGAACAAUCGAAUGUGUGUAACAAAGAUAACGAUUGUGAUUUCCUGGAGCUUCCGUAUACGGAAUUCUACGGCUAUGAUAUUAGUUUACAUCGCAACACUACACUUGAUGCUUGCAAGAAGACCUGUUUGCAGGAUAAUAACUGCAAGGGGUUUAACUUUGCACAGGUAGCUGUGACCAGACCCUUUGGUUGUUUCUUAAAGUCUUCGUUGCAUAACGGGUAUCAAAUGGGGUACUUUUACGGUACUAUGUACAUCAAGUUACCAAAACAGUUGGUGUUGUCAUUUAAUCCUGCAAAAGCCAUCGGCCGAUCGAGCUACAACUGUCCACGACCUGUGGUGGUAACGCCGCUUGUAAGGUUGUACGAGAAAAAAAACAACACGAAGCCACUUGAGUUCAUGAUAGUGGUCGGGAUCACGAUUGGGUUCAUCGAAAUCCUCUGUAUAGUGUUUUUCUGGUAUUGUAGUAGUAAACAUUCGUCUACAACCGAGCAAAUGUACUUCCCAGUGUCAACGGGGUUUAGGCGAUUCACGUAUAGCGAGCUGAAGAAGGCGUCGCGUAAUUUCAGUGAAGAGAUCGGGAGAGGCGGUGCGUCGAUUGUGUAUAAAGCGCGGUUAAAAGACAACAGGAUUGCGGCCAUAAAGAAGCUUAAAAACAAUGGUGAACAAGGGGAAGACGAGUUUCAAGCGGAGAUAAGCACGAUCGGGAGGAUGAAUCACAUGAACCUGAUCGAGACGUGGGGGUAUUGCGCUGAAGGAAAGCACAGGCUGGUAGUUUACGAAUACAUGGAGAACGGAUCGUUAGCGAAUAACUUACGCCUCGAUAAACUCGAUUGGGCUACAAGAUUAAACAUUGUGAUAGGUACUGCAAAGGGGUUAGCGUAUUUGCACGAGGAGUGUUUGGAAUGGAUUCUCCAUUUUGACGUGAAGCCGCAUAACAUCCUGUUGGAUGGUAAAUACAACCCAAAGGUAGCCGACUUUGGUCUGUCGAAGCGGUGGGACAGAGGUGGUGGGGACAAAUGGGAUUUUUCCAUGGUGCGAGGGACUCGAGGUUAUAUGGCUCCGGAAUGGGUGUUGAAUCUUGCGAUUACUUCGAAAGUGGAUGUGUAUAGCUACGGCGUGGUGGUGUUGGAGAUGAUAACGGGACGGAGUCCCUGCAGUGAGAAUGGUGAGGGGCAGGGUGGGCUAGUUAGUUGGGUGCGAGAGAGAGUUAAAACGGAAUGUUGGGUUGAGGAAACGGUAAGUGGUUCGAUAAGAGGCGAGUAUGAUGGGAGUGUGAUGGAGAAACUAGUUGAGAUUGCAUUGCAGUGUGUUGAGGAAAAUAGUGAGGCAAGACCUACAAUGAGCCAGGUGGUUAAUAUGCUCCUUCAUAUGUAACUAACUUAGUAACUUUAGGAUGGGUUCUUCCUUUUUCCAUAUUAUGAAUAAAUAUAGAAUCCGACUUGAAGUGAAAUGAGAUAAUAGAAUGAAACACCUACAAUCCAUGUAUCAACAAUGGUGCUUUUGGCCACAAUUAAAACACUAUUUGGUUA